GCUUGUUUCUCUCUCUCCUUUUUUUUUUGCAUCUUUUCUUCUUCUUCUUUUUUCGGCAAUCCUCUUCCUUUUUUUUUUUGUAUGACUUUUUUCUUUUUGUUUUCGUGCUUUUUGUCUCUCUCUCUCUCUCUUUUUUUUUUUUUUUAAAACCAGUAACACAGAUUCAGAAGAGCAAAAUAAGAAAAAGAAGGAUGACACUGAUUUUUUUUUUUUAAGAUAAAAACUGAAAAUUAAAAAUACGCAAACCUGAUUUACUUGUUGCAUGUUGUUAUCAACCCAGAUCUGCUCAAUCAGGCCAUUUAAAAGCUUCUAGCAUCUUCCUAGCUCUAACUCUCGUGACUGGACCUCCUGGAAUGUGUAAUGGAUCUCUUGACGUGGUACAUCUUGAUUCCCAUCACAUUAGUAAGGACAUUAAAACUUGGGAAGAUUGUUUGCCACAUGUUGAAUUUGCUUAUAAUUGUACUGUUCAUUCUGAUGGCAAAAAGAAAGCUGAUUUUGUGAGACAAUUUUACGAGAAGGCAAGACUCAACAUUGAGCGAAGAACAGAACAAUAUGCAAAGCAAGCCAACAGGGGGCGUUCUAAGCUGGUCUUUGAACCUGGAGAUUGGGUUUGGUUGCACAUGAGGAAAGAAAGAUUCCCAGCACAAAGGCAUUCCAAAUUGCUUCCAAGAGGAGAUGGUCCUUUCCAUGUCUUAGAGUGCAUCAACGAUAAUGCUUACAAACUAGAUUUACCAGGUGAGUAUAAUGUUAAUGCCACUUUCAAUGUUACUGAUUUGAGUCCUUUUGAUGCAGUAGACGAUUUGUGGACAAAUCCUUUUCAAGAGGAGGGGAAUGAUGUAAAUCCAGGUUUCGUCACAGGUUGACGUAGUUCAUAUCAAAAAUUUUGUUGGAACUUUUAGUUCAGAAUCUGACUAGAAUUUGCCUCAAAAGUGGCCAGAAAUCUGUUGUUAACUUCACUCUUGUAUCACUGUUUGUGAACCACAUUGUGAGGCUUUUCUGUUGUCGGUUGCCCAAUUUGUUGUUCUAUCCUAAAAUAAUUGCUUGACUUCUGCUCUUGUUUAUCCAUUUCUAUUGCUUCAGUUCCAACAUGUUUUGCUCUUGAAAAAUUAUACAUAUCUGCUGUUUAAAAACAUGUAUUGUUACUCAAUUUUAUACUAUAAAAACAACACCUGUUC